CAUAUAGAGUCGCACCUGCUGCCUGAGUCAGUGUCAACCACAUACAAGUACCAAGUAAUAACUUUACAGUAACCGAAUCACUGGUUGGUCGCUCCUGCCUUCAAGUCUUCUAACCACGCAGUGCAAUCCCAGCGCAGUUCCAGCACUCAAUCAGGUUACCUAAUCUUGUGGCCCUCUUACGAGGACCUCCGAACCAUUGCCAGCCUCGGCAAUGGCAGUCGAAACGCCGCAAGUCUCCGUCGCUGGAGCAUCACCCUCGACCAAUCCGCUCGACGCGUUUCGAAUCGCCAUCGCACGCGAGCUAGCGCGCAUCACGAAUCUCAAUGUCGGCUUCAUCUUCGCCGCCCUCGAUCGGUCGAGCACCUUCGAUAAAGGCGAUUUGGUUCUUGCCGUGCCUCGCCUUCGCAUCAAAAGCGCCGACCUCACUCCUACAGCCCAGGCAGAGAAUUUGGCUUCCCAGUUCCGCGUCGAAAACUGCCCCCUAGUCAAGCAGCCAAUCGCCGACGGCAUAAGCCUGCAAUUCUACAUGAACCCUGCUGCUCUGCCCGGGAUUCUCCUCCCCUUUGUGCUCCAGCAUGGCAAUGACUACGGCUCGGAUCGUGCCAUUGGCCUCCGAAAGCCAGCCGCUUCCAGCGCGGAUAACAGUACUGGCAACAUCGACGAAGACGAUGCAAACCGCAAGACAGUUAUCGUCGAGUUCUCUAGCCCUAAUAUUGCAAAGGAGUUUCAUUUCGGACACUUGCGCAGCACUAUAAUUGGCGCUUUCCUCGCCAAUCUCUACGAGAUUUGCGGUCACCGCGUCAUACGAAUGAACUAUCUCGGCGACUGGGGCCGCCAGUUCGGUCUGCUGGCUUCCGGCUGGGAAAAGUAUGGAGACGAGGCAGCAUUUGACCGCGAUCCGAUCCGCCAUCUCUUCGAGAUAUACGUCAAGAUUAGCGCCGACUUUAAGCCUGAGGAUGUGGCGUACAAGGAGGCAAAGGCUCGAGGCGAAGACACAUCGGUUCACGAGACUCAGGGCCUGCUCGGUGCCUCGAAAGCAUACUUCAAGCGAAUGGAGGACGGCGAUCCUGAUGCGCUGGCCCUAUGGGAGCGGUUCCGAGCCCUCAGCAUUCAGCGUUAUGAGGCGACCUACGCUCGGCUCAACAUUCGCUUUACCGACUACUCGGGCGAGUCCAAGGUGCGCAAAGAGACCAUUGCUCGCGUGCUGCAGGUCCUUGAAGACAGAGGCAUAGCGGAGCCGGACGGAGGAGCCUUGAUCGUCGACUUCGCCAAGCACGGCAAAAAGAAGGUUGCCACGGCCAUCCUCCGAAACCGAAACGGGACCUCAAACUACCUUCUCCGCGACCUCGGCGCUGCUGUGCAGCGUCACGACGACUACACUUUCGACGAGAUGGUCUACGUGGUCAUGAGCGAGCAGGAGGCGCACCUCAAGUGGCUGUUCCUAACCAUGGAGCUUAUGGGCGAGCCAUACACGGCCCUGUCCAAAAAGAUGAAGCACAUCAGUUUCGGCAAGGUGCGCGGCAUGUCUACUCGUCGAGGCACGGUGGUGUUUCUUGACGACGUGGUCAACGACGUAACGGAUUUCAUGCACGAGCAGAUGCGUGGCAAUGCGACCAAAUAUAGCGAGGUGGCGGAUCCGGCGCAGACGGCCGAGGCCCUAGCCGUAUCCGCUAUCAUGGUACAGGACAUGCUGGGGAAGCGGGCCAAUAACUACAGCUUCGAUCUACAGCGCAUGACCUCCUUUGAGGGUGACACGGGGCCGUACCUCCAAUACGCGCACGCCCGGCUCUGCUCCAUCUCGCGCAAGGCUGGCUUCACCCGCGACGAUUUGCUGGCGACGCCCUCCGAUUUCAACCUGCUUCUCGCCGACUCCUCCUACGCUUGCGACCUACUCCGCGUCGUCGCCCGUUACCCCGACAUGGUCCGCCAAGCCAUGAAAACUCUCGAGCCCACGACCAUCUUGACUUACCUAUUUGCCUUAGCCCACACCCUCAGCUCCAGCUACGACCAUCUGCGCGUCGUCAAUCCGCCAGAGGGCCCCUCCAUGUCACGCGCCCGGGCCGCCCUGUAUGGCAGCGCUCGUCAGACCUUGCACAAUGGCAUGGUGCUUCUUGGCUUGACUCCAGUGGACCGCAUGUGAAAACAAGCCUCCUCCAUUUCUUGGCUAAGAGGCUAAUGGCGUGCGAGGCGCUGUGGAAUGCGGGCCUCCCCCUCCUAGAAGAGAUUUUCGCUGCAGGGACAGCCCCUGCCCUCUCCAUCAUCUGUUGCUAGCUUGCUGCAAGUUCGGGUUCCUCCGAGUCGCCGGGGUCGAUAAUCCCGAAUUGGGAGCAUUGAACCGCGGAAGUAGAGACGGCAAGUGGCCGGGGUUGGGUGGUCUCGAUCACUCUUUCGCCGCCGAUAAGGGCUGA